AUGACCUUUGGCGGCAGAAGAGCCGACGACUCUUUGGAAGUUCCUCCCAUCAACGUCCACGUCUUCGCCCGCGAGACGAAGCCCCUACGAUGGUUGCCUUCACGAUUCUAUGCCUUUUCUUCGUUUCUUCUCUCAUUGGAGCUAUUCCGGUGGAACAGCGGGAUGUCUUCAAUCCCCCCAUCACUAGUCCCGAUGCCAAUACAGUUUGGAGAGUGGGGGACAAGGUUAACGUUACAUGGCGAGGACACGACCGACAUUCCCCCGGACUCCCAAAUCACGAAUCCUAUUGGGAGGGUCGUCCUAGGUUUUGAGACGUCUGAGAGCCUGAACCUCAUGAUUGACUCGCCCCUCGCCCAGGGCUUCUUGUUGAAGGAUGGCCAGGUCUCUAUUACCGUUCCCAACGUUCCACCCAGAAACAACUACAUCGUCGUAGUGUUCGGGGACUCCGGCAAUACUAGCCCCCAAUUCAGAAUCACUGGCGGUGCAGGCAACGGGACGUCUUCCUCCGCUACGCGAUCUCCGACUGAGUCGCCGUCGGUGACCGCCCCGAUUCCUAUAAGCGGUACAGCUAUCACUGGAGGAAGCGCGGCAGGCCCGACAAGCACGCCAUCAUCUCCACCCGCUACAUCUUCCAUUGUAGACCCUCCGACGCCUGCCUCGACACAGACUACUCCACUAACAACGACCGCCGCUACUUCGACCGCCGCUUCUUCCGCUGAGUCACUUGCAGCCAGCAGCAGUAGCAGCGACCUCCCCACUGGAACCGCGCUUCCCGCCGAUAGCAAUGGUGCUACGGGCCUUGGCAUGACACUCUAUUAUGUGCUUGCUCCACUCACACUCUGGGCUCUUUUGUGA